AUCAGCCCGGAAAGUCAUGAGCUUCACCACUGAGGAGAGGGGAAGGCCAAACACGCAAGACUACAGAGUGUUUUUCAAGAACUCAGAGGGAAAAUACAUCUCCCCAUUUCACGACAUACCCAUCUACGCAGAUGAAGCCCAGAACAUAUUCCAUGCCGUUAUUGAGGUUCCAAGAUGGACAAGUGCAAAAAUGGAGAUUGCGACCAAAGAUCCACUGAACCCUUUAAAGCAGGACAUAAAGAAAGGACAGCUUCGCUACGUGUGCAACGUGUUCCCACACAAAGGUUAUAUCUGGAACUACGGAGCAAUCCCGCAGACUUGGGAAGACCCACACCACAAAGACGAGGACACGGGGUGCUGCGGUGACAACGACCCAAUUGAUAUCUGUGACAUCGGCAACAAGGUAUGCUCUCGAGGUGAAAUAAUCAAGGUGAAGGUGCUGGGGACGUUGGCACUGAUUGACGAAGGAGAAACAGAUUGGAAAGUCAUUGUAAUAAACACUGAGGACCCGGAAGCCAGCAACUUCAAUGAUAUUGAUGAUGUAAGGAGGCUGAAACCUGGUUACCUGGAGGCAACACUAGAUUGGUUCAAAAUGUACAAAGUUCCAGACGGAAAACCUGAAAACCAGUUUGCCUUCAAUGGAGAAUUCAAAGACAGGGACUUUGCCAUUCAGACAAUCAAAGACACUCAUGGUUUUUGGAAAGCUCUGAUUUCCAAAAAGACUGAUAGCGGUGAACUAAACUGCAUGAACACCUGUGUGUGUGACAGCCCAUUAUGCUGCUCCAGUGAUGAAGCGAAAGCUGUUGUUAACGCAACAAGUCCUUUAGGUCACUCAGAACCCAUUCCAAAUUCAGCUGACAAAUGGUACUACUACAACAAGACCUAGUCAAGCUGAUGCUCACCAUUGUGGAAAUUUAAAAAGAAAUGGAACCAAUCAUCAAAACUUACAUAACUUACAUUAGCAAUUGCCACAGAUCACUGUUGCUAUCAGUUCUCCUCUGCUCUGUAUAUUUUCAAAGGAAAAAAAGAAGCAAGGAUUUUGACAAAGAAAUGUGUUUGUCCCAGU